UUGGGUCAUUGUGUUUCAGUCGUUCAGUGCCUUUCCUGCUGAAAGGACGUGCCGUGUUCGUUGUGCUUCUAAAUCAUUUGAAACUAAGGGUCUACCAUGCAAACAACUCGAUCGCUUGCGGAUAUUUUGGAGAACAAACCGCAACAAAAAGAGAUAGACGGUCUGUCGAACGCGGCAGCUGUUCAGAUCUUUUCCGGUCUGGGAUGUAUCGCUCUACAGGUAUUUCUGUUAGUUAAUUAUCACGAUGCGGACGAGAGCAUCCAACACAAUGGCAAUACAAUUUUCACGCUAGCUGUUGGAUCGUUUGGCUUGAUCGCUGGAAUAUUCGGAUGUUUUGCCAAAGUUUCGCGGAAAUGGUUCAAUUACGCUUACCUGACCACGUCCUUGGGUGUAGUGUGUUCUAGCGUAUUGUACUUCCUCGCCGGAUAUUGGGACUUCUAUAACGCAGUCAAAGAUUCGGGAAAGUUUUAUUACAUCACAGUGAACAAUCAUACAGAGCCUAUUCAACCAACUUUACCGUCGGACGACGAGCUCCAUUUUUGGCUACGUGCUGGACUUUUCCUUUGCGUCAUAGUCUUGGCGUUAUUCAGUUUAGCCGGUAUGGCUAUCGUAGCCUCUUACCGUAUCUGCAAUGGCGGCUGGACUAAGAGGGAAGAUUACAAGAGUCUGCUGGCCCAGCAAGAAUAAUCCGUCACUUUCCAAUACCUGUAGGGUAGCUGGAGAAAAUGUCGGUGUUGUCCCUCCAUCUCCUGUUUUCUUUUUAGUGCAAAUCCUUUAAUUUUUAGUGACAUGCAAGAGAGGCCCUUGUACAUAGACAUAGAAAGAUGAACGCGUAAAGCACUCUUGUCAUCCAGAGAAUCUCAUUUUCAAUAUACAGUACUUUGUUGUAUUAAAAAAAAACAAAUGUAUGGUAGGAUACAAUCCACUUAAAAUGACCAAGUUUC